AUGGCUUCUCCUCCUUCUGACCGUCGUCCUAUUAUCGUUUCUGGUCCCUCUGGUGUUGGCAAGGGCACUCUGUACAACCGCCUGUUUGAACGCCACCCAGAUACAUUUUGCCUAUCCGUCUCGCACACCACCCGCUCGCCUCGUCCUGGAGAGGAGGAUGGCGUUCACUACCACUUCGUGCCAAUGGCUGACUUUGAAGAUUUGAUCUCCAAGGAUGGUUUUGUCGAGCACGCCCAGUUUGGUGGUAACCGUUACGGUACUAGCAAGGCUACAAUUGAGGAGCAAACUAAGAAGGGCAAGGUUGUACUUCUCGACAUUGAGAUGGAGGGCGUGAAGCAAAUCAAGCAGGCCAACAUUGACGCUCGUUACAUCUUCAUUGCUCCCCCUUCUCUUGAAGUCCUAGAGUCUCGUCUUCGCGGCCGUGGUACUGAACAGGAGGCCAGCAUUCAGAAGCGCCUUGCUCAGGCCAAGAAUGAGCUCGAAUAUUCUCAGACUCCUGGCGUCCACGAUGUUAUCCUGGUCAACGACGAUCUUGACAAGGCCUACAACGAGUUUGAGAAGUUUGUCUACAAGCCAGUCGAUGCGUAA